AUGUCGCACACGGUGGCGCCGCUCGUCGAGGAUGUGGACUUGCCACUCGUGGAGGAGGCAAGGGCGCUGUGCGUCGCAGGGUCGCCCCCAGCCGUGGCGGUGGCGGUGUUCGAGUGCGUGGCGGCUCUGCUGGAGGCAUGCGCGCCCAGCAGGCGGCACGGGGGCGUAGCUUCCGCCCUCGCGUCGAAGGCAGGCUGCGCACCCUGGCCAGCAGUGCAGCGCUCCAUGGCAAGGGAAGAGAACCUCACGGCCAGGCUCCAGCUCGGCUGCUCGGGGGACCCGGCCUCUGCCGCGGCAGUGGCUGCACUCGUGCCCGCGGUGGACGCGCGUCUGGAGGCGGCGGGUGCAACUCUGGAGCGCGCCGCGCGCUGCUCGGCCUCCACGGCGCUGAUGCUGAGGUGGGUCCGCGCCAUGUCAGCCACCGCGGCGGCGGCGACGAGCGCGGGUCCCGCGGUGACCUGCUGCGGCGGAGCACGCGCUCCCGAGCCCGGUGCCGUCGUCGAGGAGGCGCCCCCGGUGCCGGAGGCGUCAUGGCCUGCAGCGGCAGAGCUGGGCACUCUGCCGACGGAGGUGGCUCCCCGGGCGCCAGAGCCGCAGCGGGCGCCCCUGCCCGCGGCGCCCCCACCUGCUGCCCAAGAGCGCCUGCCUGAGCCAGCGCCCGCCGUCGCCUCGGCGAGGUCGGCGCCAAAGGAGCAGGCCCAGAGCCGCCGUGGCGGGCCUGCCAGGAGUCGCUGCUGCCGAUCAGGCUUGCAGCGUUACCGCGCCCGCUUGAAGACUCCCUUGGCGACGUGGCGGAGGUGGAGGCUGCAGCGGUGGUCACGCCCGUUGCGGUCCUGA